GUCACGAGUUUGACAGUCAUUUCCUUUACACUGGUCCAUACAGCAGAGCGUCUCCAGCUCUAGUCUGCAUUCUUCAGUCUCACAUUUCUGUAGUUUUCUGUAACUGUAGCACCGACUUAAGUAUAAUGCCGUCUCUGGAGGAGGUAAAGCAACGUUUAGAGGAGGCUGACCAGGCGCACGUCCUUCAGUUUUGGUCGGAGUUAAAUGAAGCCGAGCGAGAGGGUUUUCUUCAGGAGCUUUCUCUGUUGGAUCUGUCGGGACUGAGGGAGCACUGUGAGGGGGCCGCCAGGGCUGCAGCCUCUACUCCGGACAGUCUGGAUGAGCUCAUGGAGCCCGUGCCUGCUGAGUUUAUAGGCAGCGCGAGGAACAGCGACAGGAGCUCCCUGGCACAGUGGGAACAUGAAGGACUUUUGCAUAUAUCCAAGAAUCGAGUUGGGGUCCUCCUUUUGGCUGGUGGGCAGGGGACCCGCCUAGGGGUUCAGUACCCCAAAGGGAUGUACAACGUGGGGCUGCCCAGUGGUAAAACCUUAUACCAAAUACAGGCUGAACGCCUUCACAAAAUUCAAGAACUGGCAGAAGCAAAGCAUGGAAUGAAGUGUAUUAUACCAUGGUACAUAAUGACAAGUGAGUUUACACUUACUCCCACUGAGAAGUUCUUCAAAGAAAACAACUACUUUGGCCUUGACCCUUUGAACAUCAACAUGUUUGAACAGAGAAUGAUCCCUGCAGUGACAUUUGAUGGAAAAGUCAUUCUCCAGGGAAAAGGGAAAAUCGCCAUGGCUCCAGAUGGAAAUGGUGGUCUGUACCAGGCUCUGGUAGACCACAAUGUGUUGGAGGACAUGAAGAAAAGAGGAGUGGAGUAUUUACAUGUCUACUGUGUAGACAACAUCCUGGUCAAGAUGGCUGACCCGGUGUUCAUUGGAUUCUGUACCAGUAAAGGGGCUGACUGUGGAGCCAAGGUGGUGGAGAAGGCAUACCCCACAGAGCCCGUGGGUGUUGUGUGCAGAGUGCAGGGGGUGGCUCAAGUGGUAGAGUACAGUGAAAUCCUACAGACCACAGCUGAGCUCAGAGGACCCUCUGGGGAGUUGGUAUACAGUGCAGGCAAUAUCUGCAAUCACUUCUUUACUCGACAAUUCCUGGAGAAUGUAGCAACUAAUUAUAAAAUGCACCUAAAGCAACAUGUUGCAAUUAAGAAGGUGCCUUUUGUUGACCAAUGUGGAAAUGAAGUUAAACCGACCAAACCCAAUGGCAUAAAAAUGGAAAAAUUUGUUUUUGAUGUCUUUCCAUUUUCCAGGAGCUUUGUGGUGUUUGAGGUUGUGAGGGAGGAUGAGUUCUCGCCUCUAAAAAACGCUGAGGGAGUGUCUGCAGACAGUCCCUCUACGGCCCGCAAUGCCCUGAUGCAGCUGCACUGUCGCUGGGUCAUUGCUGCUGGGGCCACCCUACUGGACAAACAUGGAAAUACUGUUGUCCUCACUGCCAGUGAGUCAACAAUGAUCAAUGCUCCAACUAAAUUUGAGAUUUCUCCAUUGGUGUCCUACUUUGGAGAGGGUCUAGAGAAGCUCAAAGGAAAGAUUUAUCAAACUCCUUUUUAUCUGGACAAAGAUGUAUAAAAACUUCAUUAUAUUACAUUCCUUUGUGCCUUGGGCCUCAAAUUCCAUUUGUGUCACCGGAUAAAAUACUGUGUUUGUCCUAAUACUUUGUUGAUGCAAAUGACAAAAGAGACAUUUUCAUAUUCUUGUUGUUUUUUUUUUGUUUUUUUUUUUAUGUAAAUUGGACAUACUAUAGCUGUAAAAAAAAUAAAUCUAUAUUCAUAUAGU